AUGGAUUCCUCAGAACAACCCGGAAUAGGAAAAUCAAGCCUAUCCUCCAUACUGACUUCUCCUUUUUGUCCUACGUAUGAUGGCACUCAUAGUUUAAAAGACUUCGUUAAUAAAUUCAAUAAGUACGCCAAUGUAAUGGGAUUCAACGUGCCUCAAAAGCUUGCUAUCUCACCUUUCCUUUUAAAAGCGGAAGGAGCAGACGAAAUUUAUGAGUCGAUACCAGGAAGACUCCGGGAUCUAGGCCCCUGGGAUGAGCUGAUUCUACAGCUUUCUAAGAAGCUGUGUCCACCUAGUAGAAAGGACGACGCGUUGUUGACCCUCCAAGCGAUACAACAAAAAGAGAUGACGGUAAACGCGUUCGCAGCCAAGCUUAACCAAUUAGGUUUAAUCGCAUUCGACCAUACUGAUCAUCAUAGAGACAAUGUUUUGAGAGACGCAUUCCUAGGAGGAUUAAAUGAAAAUAUUCGAAGAGAGGUUCAGAGAGCAAAGCCAAAAACUUACAGGGAGGCUGUCGAGGCAGCAAGAUUUGAAGAAGGCAUACUACGGAGAGGAACUCAAGAAGACUUUUUAAUCAACGCACUCAACAAGGCCCUAACCCCAUUCACGCAACAGCUAGAGAACACCGAAAGAUCGCUCCGCAACAUGGAAAAUAAUCCUUGGCGAGAGACGAGAGAACCUAAAAACCAAAAUUUUACCCGGGGAUUUGGUCGGAGACCCUUUAACGAGAGAAGAAAUGGCUUCUACCCCAAAAAUAAUACAAAUUCUUACCGUGGCUAUCAACCCAACGCUUAUAACCGUGAGAGGCAUGAGACUAACCAAUUAAACAACAACACUAAUCCCAACUUCCAAAGACUCCCUAACCCUAACUCUAGAGGAUUAACUAACGAGGAUAGUAGAGGGGAUUCGGAAGAAAUGGACGAUUCAAUGGCCAAAACCGAGAAGGUCGGUUCCGAAGAGCAGCGAAUGCACUAG